GAGCGCUCCGGGGCCCCGGGCGGCGGCGGCGGAGAGGAGGAGGAAGGCGGCCCCGGCCCCGGCCCGUCCCGCGCCCCCGACGCGGCCCCGGGCCCGUCCGCCGCCAUGGCCCGGCCGCUGGUGCCCAGCUCGCAGAAGGCGCUGCUGCUGGAGCUGAAGGGGCUGCAGGAGGAGCCGGUGGAGGGCUUCCGCGUGACGCUGGUGGACGAGGGCGACCUGUACAACUGGGAAGUGGCCAUCUUCGGGCCGCCCAACACCUACUACGAGGGCGGCUACUUCAAGGCACGCCUUAAGUUCCCCAUCGACUACCCUUACUCCCCGCCCGCCUUCCGGUUCCUGACCAAGAUGUGGCACCCCAACAUCUACGAGACGGGGGACGUGUGCAUCUCCAUUCUUCAUCCCCCUGUCGACGACCCCCAGAGUGGGGAGCUGCCCUCGGAGCGGUGGAACCCCACCCAGAACGUCAGGACCAUCCUCCUGAGCGUCAUUUCCCUCCUCAACGAGCCCAACACCUUCUCUCCGGCCAACGUGGAUGCCUCGGUGAUGUACCGCAAGUGGAAGGAGAGCGAGGGCCGGGACCGCGAGUACACGGACAUCGUCCGGAAGCAGGUCCUGGGGACCAGGGUGGACGCGGAGCGGGACGGCGUGAAGGUGCCCACCACGCUGGCCGAGUACUGCGUGAAGACGCGGGCGCCCGCGCCCGACGAGGGCUCGGACCUCUUCUACGAUGACUACUACGAGGACGCCGAGGCCGAGGCCGACAGCUGCUUCGGGGACGACGAGGACGACUCGGGCGCCGAGGAGUCCUGACCCGCGUGCCGGCCGAAUAAACGUCCAGGUGUUACCUCAGCGCCCGGCUGUGUGGCUCUGGCCGCCCGACGCCGAGACUACCUCACGGGCGGGGCCCGGCCCCCCAGCUCCGCGUGCGCCCGCGGGCCCGGCUUUGCCUCGGCCCCAGGAGCCCCGGGGGCCGGGAGCUGGGCGCCGGGCGGGGCGGGCAGGCGGGCCGGGGGCCGCGGGGCCCAAGGGACGGGACCCGGCCUUCCGCAGCUCCCGCCGGCUGGAGCCGGGGGUCUGGGGCUCCCGGCCUGCGAGUGGACGGAGGGACUCGCAGUUGCCUCUUCUCUCUGGUUUGGUUUGUUUGGAAUCUAAAUAAAGUGACUUUACGAGAA